AUGGAGCUCUUCAGACCCGCCCCUGAGCCCGCGACCCCUCUGGGUCGCUACCGCAUCCUCUCCUCAACAGCAGGAGUCCGGGUCUCACCCCUCCAGCUAGGCGCCAUGUCAAUCGGUGAUGCCUGGAGCCAAUUCAUGGGCAGCAUGAACAAAGAGCAAUCUUUCGCCCUGCUAGACGCCUUCGUGGCAGCCGGUGGCAACUUCAUCGACACAGCCAAUAAUUACCAGAACGAGCAAUCAGAAGCCUGGAUUGGCGAAUGGAUGACAGCCCGCAAGAACCGCGACCGAAUGGUUAUCGCCACAAAAUUCACAACCGAGUACCGCAGCCAUGAAGUCGGCAAAGGCAUGACCCCCAACGCCAGCGGAAACCACAAGCGCAGCAUGAUCCUCAGCGUGCGAGACUCCCUCCGCAAACUGCAAACAGACUUCAUCGACGUCCUCUACCUCCACUGGUGGGACCACACCACCUCGAUCGAGGAAAUCAUGGACUCCCUCCACAUCCUGGUUGAGCAGGGCAAAGUCAUGUACCUCGGUAUCUCAGACUCGCCCGCGUGGGUCGUAUCCGCCGCGAACACAUACGCCCGCGCACACGGCAAGACACCCUUCUCCGUCUACCAAGGCCGAUGGAACGUGAUGCGCCGCGAUUUCGAGCGCGACAUCCUGCCUAUGGCCCGGUACUUCGGAAUGGCUCUGGCACCAUGGGAUGUACUUGGUAGCGGGCACUUCCAGACAGCAAAGCAGCUCGAAGAGCGAAAGAAGAAGGGUGAAAGUCUGCGCAAUGUGAUGGGUGGUGAGCAGACGGAGGACGAGAGAGUUAUGUCGGAGGCCUUGGCGAAGGUUGCAGCGGAGCAUGGGAUUGAGUCUGUGACUGCGAUUGCGUUAGCGUAUGUGCUUUGCAAGGCGCCUAAUGUAUUCCCGCUUGUUGGCGGGCGCAAGAUUGAGCAUUUGCACGAUAAUAUUCAGGCAUUGUCCAUUCGGUUGACGGAUAAGCAGAUUGAGUUCUUGGAGUCGGCGAAGAAUUUUGACCCUGGAUUCCCUCAUGACUUUAUUGGCACUGAUCCCAAGCACAAUGGUGGUCAUUCUGCUGUGCUUGUGUCUUCUGCUGGCCCUAUUGACUAUGUGCAGGGACCUAGUGCUAUUGGAUAUGAGCCUACUAACUAG